AUGGCUGCGAGCCGACUAGAUUCGCACCUCUCGUGGGCCGUCACCGCUUGCCUCCUGCUGCUGUUCUUGAUCGCCCUCUUCGGGACCCAGCCCGCCACGGGCGCUACGUGCGUGCGCGACAGCUACAGCUCCAGCUCGCUUCCCGAUGGUGCCGUGUUCCCCACGCAGACCCUCUCCAGCGCCCUUGUCCCGUCGGGUCGGGUUCUAGUCAAGAACCACUGGAGCGAGGUGGCGCAGUACAGCAAGUACCGACCGGCCAAGGUGACCCCGUCGGUCGACCCGCCGCAGUCAGGCUGCCCGCACCUCGACCAGUUGGACAGCCUCAAGGACUGGCACGCCACCUCGACCUGGACCGGCGGCUCGGUUCCGGCCAAUGGGACCAACGUGACGAUCCCGGCCAAUACGCGCGUGCUGGUGUCGUCCUGCUCGAUCGACCGAACGUUCGUCUUCAAGACCAUCACCAUCCCGGCUGGCUCGGCGCUCAUUCUCGGCGACGCGCAGAUCUCGAUGGCGGCGGCGGGCUUCGACGUGCAGGGCGAGUUCCUCGUCGGCUCGCCCACGUGCCGCCUGCGCAACAACAUCACCAUCACCCUGCACGGCUCGCGCGACGCGCAGCUGCUCCCGGCCAGCCCGCCAGUCAAGGGCAUCGCCGCGUCGGGCGGCGGCCGGGUGGACAUCCACGGCAUGCGCUACUUCCCCACCUGGUCGCGCCUCGCCAUGACGGCCGAGAAGGGCGACAGCUACCUCUUCAUCCAGGACAUGGUCAACUGGCAGCCGGGCCAGUCGAUCUUCAUCACCUCGACCGAGAUCAAGGACUCGCGCGACUGGCACCGGAACGAGGUGCGCACCAUCGUCAAGGUCUACCGCACCUUGCUCGACAGCAGCGUGGCGGCCAUCCAGCUCGACGCGCCGCUCGACUACCAGCACUACGGCGGGCGCGAGUACCAGGCCGAGGUGGGCCUCCUCACGCGCAACAUCGUCGUGCGCGGCGACCCGUUCAACUCCGAGCCCACCGACACAGCCAACGCCGUGUGCAAGGACGCCGUGACCAACUCCACGUACCCGUGCAGCGACAAGUACCUCACCGGCUUCGGCGGGCACGUCCAGGUCAUCGGCGAGGGCUCCACCGGGCGCUUCUCCGGCGUGGAGCUCUACCGCAUGGGCCAGACCAACGUGCUCGGCCGCUACCCGCUCCAGACCAACGUGCUCGGCCGCUACCCGCUCUCGUGGUGGAAGAUGCACAGCAGCUGCAAGCUCGUCGCCGAGCGGUGGGUGUGUCCCAUGGACGACAAGGACAGCAGCGCCGCCCUCAAGUUCCGCUACAAUGCCGCUCUCGAGGCGCAGAUCGUCUCCACCAUCUGCGUCAACGGCAACGGAGAUGGCACCAAGAACUGCACCGUCGUCGGCAAGGCCACCCUCUUCGGCCGCAACGAGUCCCUCGGCGUCGAUCUCGCCGCCAUGGGCCAGUUGACCGGACCCAUCGUCUACAAGGCCGGCGGCUGGUUCAUCCGCUACACCGCUGGAACGCCCAACGUGCUCAACCUGACCGAGAUCCAGGUGGACCCGAAGGACUCGCUCGUGCUCGCCUUCCCCUACCCGGCCGGCACCAAGUUCAACAUCUUCUUCCAGGCGGCUUCGUGGUGCUCCACCAGCUGGGCCGUCUGCACGCACCCGUUCAGGAACGUCAGCUCCGUGGCCGAGGUCGCCAACGGCUUCGGCGACGUCUACUACUGGGACAACGCCGCCCAGGUGCUCUACGUCCGAGCCACCAUGCAGCCCGCCACGUUCGGCAGCCCGGGCAAGGACGCUCCGUGGACGUCCAUCCCGCCCGCGCCCGGGCAGUUCACGCGCGGCGGCCUGACCCUCCCGCUCGUCAACGGCGGACCCUUGAUCGUCAUCAAGGCCUCGUGCAGCACCAACCCCUGCGCGCCUCAGACGCGCGUUUCGGUUCCUCGUGAGCUCCGCCCCUACUACACCGACAGCGAGGAUAGCUCGGCUGCCGACACUCAGCCUUGGCUCUCGACCUUGGCGAGGGCGUUGCUGUAA